GCCCCGCCAUGGCUGGGAAGGACAGUGGGAACCUGAAGACGGUGAGGCUGUGGCGGGACGCCGCCCUGCGCGCCAGGAAGCUGCGGAGCAACCUGCGCCAGCUCACCCUCAGCGCGGCCGGGGGCUGCCCGGGGGCCGACGCCGAGCAGCUCGACUCCCCCGACGCCCCGCAGCUCGUGCUGCCGGCCAACAUCGGGGACAUUGAGGUGCUGAACCUGGGGAACAACGGCCUGGAGGAGGUGCCCGACGGGCUGGGCUCGGCGCUGGGCAGCCUGCGCGUCCUGGUCCUGCGCAGGAACCGCUUCGCCCGGCUGCCCCCGGCCGUGGCUGAGUUGGGCCACCACCUCACCGAGCUGGACGUGAGCCACAACCGGCUGACCGCCCUGGGCGCGGAGGUGGUGAGUGCCCUGCGGGAGCUGCGCAAGCUCAACCUCAGCCACAACCAGCUGCCCGCCCUGCCGGCCCAGCUGGGGGCCCUUGCCCACCUGGAGGAGCUGGACGUCAGCUUUAACCGGCUGGCGCACCUGCCCGACUCCCUCUCCUGCCUCUUCCGCCUGCGCACCCUCGACGUGGACCACAACCAGCUCACUGCUUUCCCGCGGCAGCUGCUGCAGCUCGCGGCCCUGGAGGAGCUGGACGUGUCCAGCAACCGGCUGCGGGGCCUACCUGAGGAUAUCAGUGCCCUGCGUGCCCUCAAGAUCCUCUGGCUGAGCGGGGCCGAGCUUGGCACCCUGCCCAGCGGCUUCUGCGAGCUGGCCAGCCUGGAGAGCCUCAUGCUGGACAACAACGGGCUGCAGGCUCUGCCCGCCCAGUUCAGCCGCCUGCAGCGACUCAAAAUGCUCAACCUCUCCUCCAACCUCUUCGAGGAGUUCCCUGCCGCGUUGCUGCCCCUGGCUGGGCUGGAGGAGCUCUACCUUAGCCGCAACCAGCUCACCUCCGUGCCAUCCCUCAUCUCGGGCCUGGGCCGGCUGCUCACCCUCUGGCUGGAUAACAACCGGAUCCGCUACCUGCCCGACUCCAUUGUGGAGCUGACCGGCCUGGAGGAGCUGGUGCUGCAAGGGAACCAGAUCGCAGUGCUGCCGGACAACUUUGGCCAGCUCUCGAGGGUGGGCCUGUGGAAGAUCAAGGACAACCCGCUGAUCCAGCCCCCCUACGAGGUCUGCAUGAAGGGGAUCCCCUACAUCGCAGCCUACCAGAAGGAGCUGGCUCAUUCACAGCCGGCCGUGCAGCCCCGCCUCAAGCUGCUUCUGAUGGGCCACAAGGCUGCGGGGAAGACCCUUCUCCGCCACUGCCUCACGGAGGAGAGAGUGGAUGGAAACCAAGGAGGAGGGGACAAGGAAAAGAGCUACCUGCCUGCGGCUCCUUCUGUGAGCAAAGGCAUCGAGGUGACCAGCUGGACGGCGGACGCUUCGCGGGGGCUGCGGUUCAUUGUGUACGACUUAGCCGGGGAUGAAAGUUACGAGGUGAUCCAGCCCUUCUUCCUCUCCCCAGGAGCCCUUUAUGUGCUGGUGGUGAACCUGGCCACCUACGAGCCACCCCGCUUUCCCACCACCGUGGGCUCCUUCUUGCACCGGGUGGGGGCCCGCGUGCCUCACGCAGUGGUGUGCAUCGUGGGCACGCACGCAGACUUGUGUGGGGAGCGGGAGCUGGAGGAGAAGUGCCUGGACAUUCACCGCCAGAUCGCCCUGCAGGAGAAGCACGACGCUGAGGGGCUGAGCCGGUUGGCUCGGGUGGUGGACGAGGCCCUGGCCCGGGACUUCGAGCUGCGCUCCGCCAGCCCCCACGCAGCCUACUACGGGGUUUCCGACAAGAACCUUCGGCGGCGCAAGGCCCACUUUCAGUACCUGCUCAACCACCGGCUGCAGAUCCUCUCCCCGGUGUUGCCCGUUAGCUGCAGGGACCCUCGCCAGUUACAGCGCCUUCGGGACAAACUGCUCUCGGUCGCGGAGCACAGGGAAAUCUUCCCCAAUUUACACAGAGUGCUGCCUCGGUCCUGGCAGGUGCUGGAGGAACUGCAUUUCCAGCCGCCCCAGGCGCAGCGACUGUGGCUGAGCUGGUGGGACUCCGCUCGCCUGGGCCUGCAGGCGGGGCUGACCGAGGACCGGCUGCAGAGCGCCCUUUCCUACCUGCACGAGAGCGGCAAGCUGCUCUACUUCGAGGACAGCCCAGCCCUCAAGGAGCACGUCUUCCACAACCUCACCCGCCUCAUCGACAUCCUCAAUGUCUUCUUCCAGAGGGAUCCUUCCUUGCUGCUGCACAAGCUGCUUCUAGGGACCAGCGGCGAGGGUGAGGGCGAGGGGGAAAGUUCCCCGCCGGCGGCGGCGCCCACCCCGGGCCAGGAACUGCUCCGGACCACCCAGCUCCAUCACUAUGUGGAGGGCUUUCUGCUUCAUGGGCUCCUGCCAGCCCAUGUCAUUCGGUUGCUGCUGAAGCCUCAUGUCCAGGCCCAGCAGGACUUUCAGCUGCUGCUGGAGCUGCUGGAGAAGAUGGGACUCUGUUACUGCCUCAAUAAACCCAAGGGCAAGCCUUUGAAUGGGUCCACGGCCUGGUACAAGUUCCCAUGCUAUGUGCAGAAUGACGUGCCCCACGCAGAGGCCUGGAUCAACGGGACCAACCUGGCCGGACAGUCUUUUGUGGCCGAGCAGCUGCAGAUUGAAUAUAGUUUUCCCUUUACCUUCCCGCCCGGGUUGUUUGCACGCUACAGCGUCCAGAUCAACAGCCACGUGGUACACAGAUCGGAUGGUAAACUUCAGAUCUUUGCAUAUAGAGGGAAGGUUCCUGUGGUGGUCAGUUACAGACCUGCCAAGGGGGUCUUGCAGCCAGACACUCUGUCCAUUGCCAGCCAUGCCUCGUUACCAAAUAUAUGGACGGCGUGGCAAGCCAUAACCCCCUUGGUAGAGGAACUGAAUGUCCUACUUCAGGAAUGGCCUGGACUGCACUACACCGUGCACAUUCUCUGUUCUAAGUGCCUUAAGAGAGGGUCGCCCAAUCCACACGCUUUCCCAGGGGAGUUGCUGAGUCAGCCCAGACCAGAAGGAGUGGCCGAGAUCAUUUGCCCGAAGAACGGCAGCGAGCGAGUGAAUGUUGCCUUGGUUUACCCACCUACACCGACUGUGAUCAGCCCCUGUUCCAAGUCAAAUCAGAGACUUGUCAUUUAACUGCCUGCCUUUGACCAUGUGUAAAAUAAUGGUGCUGCCAUGUGCUUUAUAAAGAAAAACCAUCGAUGACUGUUACUUAACUGGAUCUUCCUUAUAAAUUCCAAGUUUUUCUAUUUCUCAUUUAAAAAUUUUUCUGUGUUUUAUUUCCCUAUGGGGAGAGACAGAGAAUAAAGAGAAGAACGUUGGUGAAAAGCACAGAAACCAAUGACUUCUAUGGCUAUGGAAUUUCCGUGGAGAAAAGAGAGCAUCAGAACUCACCUGGACCAUCAUUCGUACCCGGCAAACCCUCCACACUCCCACGCGCGUUCCGUGAACUUGAGUAAUAACUGUCCAGGGUGCUUGCAGAGGAGGGAGCGCACCUGGCCUGUAGAUGAGAACAGAGUCUGUGAAAUUUAGCAGAGCACUUUGAAAGCCCUUCACAUCUGGUGGUCAGACCUUGAGAUAGUGAGCUCCCUAACUGGAGAGCAUAGUCCCGCAUUGGUUAUUUAUAAAUACAGAGCCUCUGAUUGGAUGGUCUGCUGCCAAGAACUAGUAAAACCAUUGUUUUAAAAUCUCCACCAAGUAAAACGUGAAAAGCAAAGCAAAUUGCUCUCAUCUACUCCUAAUUGGGGCCAAACAGUAUCUGCUGCAAUAGUAACACGUUCCUUGAAGAGUAUAAAGGACUCUGUUUACAGCUGCCUCCUCUGUGUGUUGAUGGAAGAAUGUGUAAGACAAACUGUUUUCUCACCAGUGUAAGGCAUGAAAAGUGAGUCAGCUGGUAUUAUUCUUUUCCUUCUUUUAUAAAGUAUUGACUCUUGGAAUACCACUAUACAAAGUCUCAACAUAUUUUUUAAAAGAAACAAGCAAAGCAGCUGCAUUGUGAAAAAUCUUAAGUUGAGUUUUGUAGAUUUUGUGCCCCAGGAGUUGACUUCACUAACUCCAGAACCUCAGUGAAACAAGUAUGAUUUGUCAUGAUCAUAAAAUCAAAUGGGAUCAGACUAUUUCUGCAUUUUUUGAUACUUGAAUACGACACCUCAAUCUUGAGAUUUCGUUUUCUUUUAGAACACAGUCACGAGAUUACCUGCUUAAUCCUUUGGUCACAGUUCUCUGUGUGCGUGCGUGCGUGUGUGUAAACUGAAUGGUAACAUUUAACUGCUUUAUGGACCAUUGAAUUGUUGGGCAUAGGAGUUUUGUAAUUGGCACGAGACAGUUCCCAAACUGUCAAAUUAACUGACUUUGACCAGUCUUUUUUUGCAAGGACACUUAAGGAUGUGACUUCGGGCUAACUCCCCAGGGGACCAUAUUAAGUGAAAAAAAAAAAAAAAAAAUGCUCCUUUGGGUGACAUACCCUGCAAGGUGUUUAUUAUAAUUAUGACCAUAAAUGCCCACAUUCUUAAUAUCUGCUAUUUUUUGACAAGUGAUGUUUUGUGCUGUCACCUGAACCCUAGAGAAGCAGUGUAAGAAGGAAUCUUGGUGUCACAUGUGUUUCGGCAAAAAGGUCGUCAUGAUUGAGGGUCAUGUGACCAAAAGAAGCUCCAGAAAAGCUUGAGAACUUGCUUCAGGGUGGGGGGGAGGGUUGGAGAUACAGAAAACACUCUGCUCUACUGGAAUUUUCAGUGUCUGUGCAGGAAAUUCCGUUUUCUCUUUCCAUACCUGGGAAGGCUCGGCCAGCCGAGGUGGACAGGCAGUUCACAAAGCACAAGGGGGAGUCUUUCCAGACCAAGUAGUCCCUCGCCUGGCAAACAAACGCCCUUCAAGUCUGUUAUGGUUUCUAUUCUUGCAACCAAUGGUAUCAAAACCGCUUCCUGGAAUUGUAAAAGUGCUGCCAGAAUAAAUGUUUUUCCCCCUUCCAAGAAAAAAAAUGACAGUGCUCAUAUUUGACAUUUGUGCGUUGAACUCUUUUGAAUGAAUAAAAAGGAAAGGGUUUGGUAUAA